UUUUUUUUUUUUAAAUUGACACAAUGACAGCCAUGGAUCCCAAGGUCAUGCGCUAUAUGAAGCAAGUUUAUAAUAACUUAAAUUUAGCCAGCCGAAUACCUUUACUAUCCAACGACAAGUUACCAUCACCUGUUGAGGCAGACAAAGUAAAAGCACUCUUAGGUUUAGACGAACCAAAGUUAAACCAGACAAUCAAGUCGUUUUUACAAAACACGAAACCCAACAAGAGUAUCACUGACUUUAUAGACAUGAUAGAUAAAGAACUAGAGAAAUACUCUUUUAUUGAAGAAGAGGAAGAAGAGGAUUUCAACGAUGACUUGGACGAAAGCCUGUUGGCCACAUUAGCAGAUCAAAACACGCAAAGAAAACGCGCUCGCCCUUACCAAGAAAUACCUCCUGUCAAGAAACAUAAAACAUCUCCAGAAUGCUUUUCUAUUGAUACAGAACAUAGUCAGACACACAAUGUCAUUUCUUGUCCUGCAUGCUCACAUAAACUGUUACACAAAGUGCCCUGGAUUAUCUUGUAUGAAAUUGCGCGUUUUGUUCAGUCAUUUGACAUUUCCUGGAAUGAAGUGCCUUUUGAUGCAUUUCGAUCUUUUAUUAGUGUGGCCAACACGGAUCCAGUUCGUCUUUAUGAAGUGAUGGUCAAAUGGAAUCAAGUGACAAGACUAGGCCAAAAAAUCAAUGGCCUUACUUACACUUAUAUGGAUCGUUGCCCUGAUACAGUAUGGGCACAUUUACAACAAGUACAGAAAAAGGACACCACUCAAAACAAGCGCCACAAGAACCGCAUGAUUCAUUACAGUGGUGUCUUGAGCAUCAAGAAAUCCACUGCUGAACCGACCAUCAAAUUACGUGCUCCUAAAGUAGAAGCCUCCAACCGUUUCUUUCGAAAGUUUGGUCAGGAUCGAUUCUUGGAACUCAAAUUGAUGAAAGGCACUUAUUCAGCUAUGAUAAGCAAGUUUGACAAUUAUUUCCUAAAGCCCUUUUUAUUCAUGCAACGUACAUUUCGAUUCUUGUUUGUCAAGGAUGAUAUGGUGGUGUUGUUUGCUACAGAAGGAGAAGGUCUAGAGCCUAUUUCAAUUCAGCAAGUGAUUGACUGGCAUAUGCCCAUGAUAGAAAAUUGGAAUAUGUCCAUGAGCAAGUAUGCCAGUCGUAUGGCCUUGGGCUACAGUAGCAGUAUCCCCACACUUCAUUUUCAGCCUGAUGAAAUACACUAUAUUGACGAUUUGCAUGCCUCAGGCGAUCUGAACGAUGAAGCCUCUUGUAUGACUGAUGGUUGUGGUAUCAUUUCUUGUUCUGCCAUGAAACAAAUCAUGGGCUGUCAAGCAACCGACGAAUUACCGUGCGCCAUUCAAGGUCGUAUUGCAGGUGCCAAGGGGAUCUGGAUUCUAGCACCCGAUAUGGAUUUUAGUACAGGCAACUAUAUUCAGAUCAGAAAGAGCCAAAACAAGUUCAAGACAGGCUUACUUCAAGAAGACUUCUCGUUUGAUCCUCAUCAUUAUACAUUUGACCUUGUCAAAAACUCGAUCAUGGUCUAUCCUUCCAGCCUCAACACGCAAUUCAUUCAAUGUCUCUCUGCUGGUGGAGUGCCUACUGAAGUAUUUGUGGAGAUCCUGAAAGAAUAUGUCCAUCGAUUGGCCACCAUUGUGACUGAGAACCAUAGUCUCAAGAUCCUAAGGGACUGGGUGGCGAAGGCAGGUAAUGUGAUGUUAAAUCGAUGGGAGGCCGAAGAGAGCACGGAAAAGGGACUCUGGCGUGACUUGGCCAUGGACGAUAUAGAAGGUGGCGAUGAUGAAAAUGACAGUGGUUUCUUUACCAUGGACUCGAUCGAUAAUGAAGAGAUACACUAUGAAGACCAAGCAUUACUCAACAACACAGCCGCAGCUGAAUACGAUCUGCAUACCAGUCGCACUGAACAUUUAUGGGCUGUCACACCGCCUUCUUUAAAAGCCAACAAUUAUGCUAAAAUCAACCGGUACUCAGGAUUCCCUGCUGGCCUACAUGAAUCUGUAGUACGCUUGUUGGACGCUGGAUUUGACCUGUCCAAUGCGUAUGUGGCUACUCGUGUCACCAUGGUCUUUCGACAGAUCAUGCAGGCUAUUACAGUCAAAUAUAAAAUUGAAGUACCCCAGUCAUGUACAGUGACCUGUGUGCCUGAUCCCACAGGCACAUUAGAGCCAGGUGAAAUCUUUUUGCAGCUAUCCAGUCGACGUAAAGAUGAAAAGACAGGCAUUUGUGUCGGACAGAUCUUGGGCGAUGUGAUUGUGACCCGUAAUCCUUGUGCUCUUAAGAGUGAUGUUCAGAAAGCGAAGGCAGUUGAUAGUACAGCAUUAAGAAUGUAUACAGAUAUUGUGAUAUUUUCAGUCAAAGGGGAGACUUCUUUAGCCAGUCAACUCAGUGGUGGUGAUUAUGAUGGUGAUAUUGUGUUUGUCUGUUGGGAUGAACGUAUUGUCAAGCCAUUUAAUCCAUCACCUGUACAGAAAGAAAGUCCAAGAGUAGCUGAAUCAUUUGAGAAAGACAAGACAACUGUAGGCCAAGAAGUAGGUGCCCAAGACAAUGCUGAAUUGGCCAUUCAAAAGAACUUUUUAUCAGUGGCUAUUCCUGAUGGCACAUUGGGUGUCUAUGAAAACUGGAGAACAGUGCUUGCUGAACAUACGUCAAUGGAUAACCCCAAUGUGUCUUAUUUAGGCCAUAUGUGUGCUAAACUUGUUGAUGCACCUAAACAAGGUCUUCGCUUAAAGGCGACUGCUAAAGCACGUGAUAGAGCCUCUUUUGCUGAUCUGCCUUAUCCAGCAUGGUUUAUGGACAAGAAGAACAAGCAACGUGGGCCUGGUCUACAUAGCUAUAAGUCGACCAAUGAUGUCUAUACACUCCAGGGUGCAUCUUGUACUACCACCAUGGACUAUCUCUAUGAUGCCUUACUGAAAGAAACAGCUGAAUUCACAAAGUAUUCCCGCAGUAUGUUCUGUGAUGAUGAUGUGCCCUUUAAAGAUCCAGAUCUGAUAGCACCUUGGAUAAAGUCCCAAGAACUUGCCAAUCAACUGAAUGAUCAAGCACUGAAAGCAGACUUGGACCUGAUUGCCAGUGCUGUUAAAAAGAACCAAAAUGAGUACAAUGAACAAGUCACAGAAUUUGAUUCAAAACGUCAACAUUAUAUGGAUAACCUUGCUAAUCCCAAUCGAUACCAGAAUAACAAAUUUAUGGAUGAAUUGCAGAGUCGAUUUAAUACACAUUUUGAACUUGAAGAAUACUUUGCCAAAGAGUUCCUGAAUUCACCUCCUACUCAAGACCUCAAAUCUAAUAUUAUCUUGUUUGAUAUACAGGCCAACAGUGGCAAAUUGUUAAUGAGUCUAAAGGCAUCUUACGCCUAUAUAUCAAGUACAGCCCAGAAAAAAUACGCCAAGUACAGUUAUAUUGUUGCAUACGAUGCUUUAAGACGUAUCAAAGCAGACGCUUCUGCUAAAAAAACCAAGGAAAAUGGUCUAGCUGAAACUGUGUCUGUAUCGGCCUAUAAAUCAAUGAAUAUUGACAGAAAAUGGUUAAGAAGAAUCAAGGACUCAAACUAUAUAGAAGAGAAUAUUGAACGCGUCCGCCUGAUGACUGAAGCAAAAAACAAUACCAAAAAAUAAACAUGUUUAUUUCUUCUA